GCCCCGCCCUCCGGCCCCGCCCCCGAGCCUGGCCCCGCCCGCCGUGGGGGCACCUGGGAAGAGGCGGAGAACAAUAUGGCGGAUGGCGAGGAGCCGGAGAAGAAAAGAAGGAGAAUAGAGGAGCUGCUGGCUGAGAAAAUGGCUGUUGAUGGUGGGUGUGGGGACACUGGAGACUGGGACGGUCGCUGGAACCAUGUAAAGAAGUUCCUCGAGCGAUCUGGACCCUUCACACACCCUGAUUUCGAACCGAGCACUGAAUCUCUCCAGUUUUUGUUAGAUACAUGUAAAGUUCUAGUCAUUGGAGCUGGCGGCUUAGGAUGUGAGCUCCUGAAAAAUCUGGCUUUGUCUGGUUUUAGACAGAUUCAUGUUAUAGACAUGGACACUAUAGAUGUUUCCAAUUUAAAUAGGCAGUUUUUAUUUAGGCCUAAAGACGUUGGAAGACCUAAGGCUGAAGUUGCUGCAGAAUUUCUAAAUGACAGAGUUCCUAACUGCACUGUAGUUCCACAUUUCAACAAGAUCCAGGAUUUUAAUGACACUUUCUAUCGACAAUUUCAUAUAAUUGUAUGUGGAUUGGACUCUAUCAUAGCCAGAAGAUGGAUAAAUGGCAUGCUGAUAUCUCUUCUCAAUUAUGAAGAUGGUGUAUUAGAUCCAAGCUCCAUUGUCCCUUUGAUAGAUGGGGGGACAGAAGGUUUUAAAGGAAAUGCCCGGGUAAUUUUGCCUGGAAUGACUGCUUGUAUUGAAUGCACUCUGGAGCUGUAUCCACCACAGGUUAAUUUUCCCAUGUGCACCAUUGCAUCUAUGCCCAGGCUACCAGAACACUGUAUUGAGUAUGUAAGGCUAUUGCAGUGGCCUAAGGAGCACCCUUUUGGAGAAGGGGUUCCAUUAGAUGGAGAUGAUCCUGAUCAUAUUCAGUGGAUUUUCCAAAAAUCUCUAGAGAGAGCAUCACACUAUAAUAUUAGGGGUGUUACAUACAGACUCACACAAGGGGUAGUAAAACGAAUCAUCCCUGCAGUAGCUUCCACAAAUGCCGUCAUUGCAGCUGUGUGUGCCACUGAAGUUUUUAAAAUAGCCACCAGCGCAUAUAUUCCCCUUAAUAAUUACUUGGUAUUCAAUGAUGUAGAUGGACUGUACACAUACACAUUUGAAGCAGAGAGAAAGGAAAACUGUCCAGCUUGUAGCCAGCUUCCGCAAAAUAUUCAGUUUUCUCCAUCAGCAAAACUACAGGAGGUUUUGGAUUAUCUAACCAAUAGUGCUUCUCUGCAGAUGAAAUCUCCAGCCAUCACAGCAACAUUAGAGGGAAAAAAUAGAACCCUUUACUUACAGUCAGUAACCUCUAUUGAAGAACGAACAAGGCCAAAUCUCUCCAAGACAUUGAAAGAAUUGGGACUUGUUGAUGGACAAGAACUGGCAGUUGCUGAUGUCACCACACCACAGACAGUACUAUUCAAACUUCAUUUUACUUCUUAAGGAAAAUAAAUCUACACAUAAUAGAAAAUUUAUGGAAAUACUAUACUUUGUGGAUGCUAAGAAAUUUGAUUUAUUUUUAGCACUAGUAUUGCUGAAAUUUGACCUUUUUUUUUUUUAAAUGUAAUGAGCCACUCUUUUUUAAUAACUGUCCCUUGAAGACAAAAUUUGGGGUUGGUGCUUGUAAGUAUUUUCAUUAAUAAUCUGUAUAUAUAAAAGCCUAAGCGACUGAACAACCCGACUUGUCAACCGAUUGCUAUGAUAUGCACUGACCACCAGGGGGCAGAUGCUCAACACAGGAGCUGCACCCUGGUGGUCAGUGCACUCCCACAGCCAACCUUCUGUGGCCCCUCCCUCCAGCUUGCCAACCUCCCACAGCUCCUCCCCCCCACCCCCGCAGGCAACCUCCCGUGGCCCUGAUUGCCGGCCAGGCCGAGGAACUCCACUCAUGCACGAAUUCGUGCACCGGGCCUCUAGUAUGAGAAAUAAUGCUUAGAGAGAGAGUAUGAGCAAAAAAUGUGUUACUUCUUUUGGAGGAGACAAACACCCUCUUGUGUGUGAAUUUUGUUAUUAUGGUCAAAUAGUGCAUUCCUCAGUUUUCAUUUGAGCACCCACACAUACAAAAGAUGUCCCUAUAAAGAAAAUAAGAAAAUUAAGUUCUAAACAUUAAAUGUUAUAAUUUGACAUCUGGUGCAUAUUGAACAUAAUCUGUACCUUGCUUGUUUUAAUAUUUAAUUGUGGCUGUUCAAAUGAAUAACAACUUUUGCAAAGGUUACUUUGCCCAUGAUAAUUUGUAAAUGGUGUUAGAGCUGAAUACCUGUGCAUGGAAAUGAGAAAUAUUUUCAUGUGUUUACUUGCAGUGCCAUAGAGGCCAGUAUGCACAUUAAAGUCAAGACAUGGUUGUUUAAAAGAAAAGUUAUCAUUGAUGCUUUCACACUAUUUAUUAAUAAAAUCAUAUAUUAUCUA